GGGUCAUCGGUCAACCAAUCAGCUGACCUGUUCUCCAACUCAACGUGCAACGUGUCCACCAAUGACUCGUCAUCCUGUUCUCCGGUGGACGAUGGAUUGGGCGCAGGAAGUCCAUACAAGGCUCUGGAGAUGUUUUUCAUCGCCCUGGUGACGGGAUCUCUGAGCUUCGUGACCGUCACCGGAAAUAUUUUAGUCAUGCUGUCCAUCAAAGUGAACCGCCACCUGCAAACUGUCAAUAACUAUUUCUUGUUUUCGUUAGCCUGUGCCGACCUGAUCAUCGGCGCGUUCAGCAUGAACUUGUACACAGUCUACAUCAUCGUCGGCUACUGGCCACUUGGGCCGGUGGUCUGCGACCUGUGGCUGGCUUUAGACUACGUCGUGUCAAACGCCUCGGUGAUGAAUUUGUUGAUCAUCAGCUUUGAUCGCUACUUCUGCGUGACCAAACCCCUCACGUACCCGGCGAGAAGGACCACUAAGAUGGCGGGGUUGAUGAUUGCAGCGGCGUGGAUUCUGUCGUUCAUCUUGUGGGCUCCCGCCAUCUUGUUCUGGCAGUUUAUCGUGGGACAACGGACAGUGCCCCCUGGAGAGUGUUACAUUCAGUUCCUCUCUAACCCUGCAGUGACGUUUGGGACCGCGAUAGCCGCGUUCUACCUUCCUGUCAUUAUUAUGACUGUCCUGUACAUCCACAUCUCCCUGGCCUCCAGGAGCAGGGUCUCCAAACACAAACCAGAGAAGAAAGAGAAGAAGGGAAUAAAAGCUCCCAGUUUGAUGAAGAGUCACCUGUUGAAGCAGAACAACAACAACGAGACCAGUCCUCAGGCCAGUCCCCGCUCCACUCCCAAACUCAGCCUGGACUCCACCACCACCGCGGUGGAGGCCGUGAAGAACGGCCGAGUGGAGGAGCCGCAAGCUGCUCAGCCGCACCCUGCAGCACAGCCCAGUCCAGGCCUCACACAGGAGGAAAAAGAGAGCUCCAAUGAUUCGUCCACAGCUUUCAUCCCCCCGACAGAACCGAAAGACGCCGCCAACAACAAAGUGAUCUCUGAGGCUGCAACAAAUCCAAGCCCGGUUGCCACGACAACAACCAAUCCUUCAAUGGCCAAAAUGAGUAUCAGCUCGCGGUGGUCGAAGAUUAAGAUCGUGACCAAGCAGGCCGGGGACGAGUGCAUCACGGCCAUCGAGAUCGUCCCGCCUGUAGAGGGAGCCGAGAGGCACUCGAUCCCGAUCAGCCGCCCUCGCACCGUGGCGAGAAAGUUUGCCAGCAUCGCCAGGAGCCAAGUGAAGAGGAAAAGACAGAUGGCCGCCAGAGAGAAGAAAGUGACCAAGACUAUCUUUGCCAUCCUGCUGGCUUUCAUCAUCACAUGGACGCCAUACAACGUCAUGGUGCUGAUCUCCACCUUCUGCCAGUCCUGCGUCCCCGACACCGUGUGGGCGAUCGGCUACUGGCUCUGUUACGUCAACUCCACGAUCAACCCGGCUUGUUACGCACUGUGCAACGCCACAUUCAAGAAGACUUUCAAGAACCUGCUGCUGUGCCAGUAUAAAAACAUAGGUACAAGAUGAGAUGGAGGGAGAAGACUGAGGGUGGGAUGGAUGGGGGGAGAACGGGGGAAAGAGGAAAGACUGCCGACAGGUGAGUGAAAGAGAGCUGAGGAGAGAAAUGGAUGGAGAAAUGGAGUUUAGCACAAGGUUCCUUCUACAGAAAGCACACAUCAGUUUGCUGGGGAUGAGCAACCAUUGUCUAUCUUGCAAAUGAAUGCCAGUCUUCCCAGUUGGUUCCUAUGGACUCAGAGUGUAAUGCGAGUGCAGACCAGGGAUUGUAUAAGCUGCUCAGCUUCCACUAAAUUGGAACAAACACACACUGGGUGGAAACAUAGUUUCACAGAAACAGGGAAAAUAAUUGCAGCGGGCGAAUAGAGGUUUAUGCGAGCAGAGGGAUGAGAGAAUGGAGGAAAAACAAACAGAUGGGUGGAGGGAUGGAUACAUACAUGAUACAUGGAAGUGGUCUUUCUGCAUAGCUUGGAUGUACAUACGAUUUAUAGAUGGAUUAAUGGAUGGGACUGUGUAAAAGGUCACAAAUCUGAUUCAAUUAAUAGCAAUAAAUAAAUAAAUAUGAAGGGUGGAGGUCAGCAACAUAUUUUGUAGGAAGAACACAAAUGUAGACGAUAUGGAUGGGUGGAUAAACUCUGCGGUAAUGGAGGAUGUAGAAAAUAUUGGGUUGUGAGUGAAAGAGAUUGGUGGCACAACUCACUGAAAAGGGACAUCUGCAGGGGAUGUGAAACCAUGAUUUAUUCCACAAAUUAACUGCCAGUAAAAUGAGACCGUGCACCAGGCGUUCUUUCACCUGCACAGAACUCAUCGCCAUAGCACAAAUUACAGCUGUUUCCAGCUGUGUCCGGGCACAGCUUGGCCACCAAUUAAAAUCUGUGUGUCUCCACUAUCAGAACAGCGGAGCCGUGGCCACAGACAUAAUCACAGCUACAGUCUGUCACAGUCAGCCAAUCAGUACAGAGACGCGUGUUAACAAGCUUCUGCUGGUUAGCUGCACAGACUCAGACUGGACCCACCACAGCACAGGCUGCUCGUUCUCACACUGUGGUCACAGCCACUCAUUUUACACACUGCACAGCAUCAUAUGCUAAUGUGUCCAUGCUGUGAAAGCGCAGUAUCACCAGUAGCAUAGAGGAGAAGAAGAAAAAUGCGAGAUCGGCCCCAGUAUUUAGAAGAUAAUUAAAGCAUGGCAUGUUUUAACAGGAGGUAAAGGAUUUAUGGUUUGAGGUAGAUGACGGGUGUAGACUAAUGCAUGGGAGCUUCAGAACUGGAGAAGCAUCAUGCUGCAGUGUUCACUCUGCAUGGGUCGGUUCAGGUGCCGUGUUUUGGAAUGGGUCCAGUUUUCCGUCGGUUUAUUUCACACCACAGUUCAGUGAACUUGUUUGAUACAGAGCAACAAAUAUUCAAUGUUACUCCAGAGAUGAUAAAAACGUAUUAAAUUAAAUGUGUUGGUUUGCUUUGAUUUCGGAGCUUAAGCAAUGAUUUUUUUCCCCCAUUCAUAACAAUUUCCAUUUCACAGCUUUCAGUUAAAAUACUAUGAAAAGCAGAUUAUUGUGCAGAUUAUUUUUCCAGAGAUGCCAAAGAGAAAACAUCUGGGUGACAGGAAAUUACAGGCGGGAGAAGGGAGAAAGAGACGAGGAGGAAGGAAGUCAAGAAAAUUACGAGCUUGUGGGAGAAAAGUAGGACACAGAAUAGAUACACAGGAAUUCGUCAUUUAGUCCUGCGCUCUAUUCCUAAUGAUCAAGAGGGAGACGAGUUAUCAGGAUAUUAUAAACUGUUCUACUGGCUUAAUGAUGCUGCCGUCUGAUGUUUCCCAAUGAACGAUCGGUGUUUUGGUUUGUUCUCACAUCGUUCGUUAUUUGUAUAAACGAUGGAGGGCAUGUCAGGUUUUUGUGCGGAUCUUAGGAUUUUUAAGGACACUGGCAUUAUUUGCGCUCAACGCAGAUUUGUAAAAAAAAAAAAGGCCCAUCCCAAAAGUCCGCCAAAGUGCUGAGAAAUCUCCCAUGAGUCAGCAGGACUCGGGUCGGGGUGCUGCGUAUAAUGGGACUGGUGUCGGCUUAGCAUGGCUCAGCAGCUCGUCAGGGAAGUAGUCAAGCACCUACAGCUCAGACUGAUGAGAAAAAUGGUGCAAGUAAGAAAAUGAUGACACUCCGCUCAUGCAUGCUGGGACAGAAGAGGAGCGACCAAAGCAUGGGGCAUACUCGCACCGAGCACUUUACUGGGAAUACCUGCGAGGAGAUAAUCAGCCAAUCAUGUGGCAGUGGUGCAACGUAUGAAGUCUCGUCCGUCUGAGUAUUGUUGCCGACCGUGUUCAUUCCUUCAUGGCCGCAGUUCACCAUCUUCUAAUGGCUACUUCUCCGUCUCAUGAAGAGCGACAGUGAGUUCAGUGAAUCCAGCAGAAGCUUUGUGACGUGAUAGAACACGAGAGAUUGUGCUGCUGACAAAUCUGCGGAGACGAUGUGAUGCAGUCGCGUUAACGCGGAGCCGAACCUCACAGCAAACAUAAUGUGGCCCCUCUGGCUGAAGCGUCACUUCAAACUCCGCUUUUUAUGUUCAUUAAUGAUCAGGACCACUGCUGCCGUCGCUUUGAAAACUUUCCUCUGAUCGUGUCUUAGGGCCAAAUGCAAAGUCUUGUGUAACCCAAAGGGAGGAACGACCCAGUGUUAGCGUGGCGCUCCUAGUUACGUGAGGAUGUUUCAGGCACUGUUUAAGAUCGUGUUGCUCUGAAAAAUAAACGUACAGCUGUUACAUCAAGCAGCUGUCAAUUCAAACAUUCACACCAAGUUGUGUUCAUGUAGCUUCACCCACUACCUCAAGAUGUUUAAAAGGGGGAAUUCCGAUAUUUUUCCAAACUAUCCUUCUAAAUUUGACGAUGUAACUUACAAACACUUUUGGAAUUGGUCCGGUAGAGCGUCUCAGCCGCAGCACAGUGGCAGUAGCUAAAAUCUUGUGGAGCAACUGUGAGAGUCCACGAAAAGUUAUUUUUGUCACCAAUAAAUUGCAGCAGCCCUCUGUCCCUCCUCUGCUUGUUGCCUCUCUCCAUCUCGUUGUUUGCUCUCCGUCAGGCUCAGAUAAGUGGGGGCCGCCCUCGGUCAAAUGCUUCAUUGUCCACAUGCGAGACGUGCAAUGUCUCUUAGCAAAGAGCCAGAAGAAGAAUUUGAGCAUUUUAUUGGUGGACUGCCGCGGUCGCCCCCGUAAGAUUACCUUGAGCCACUGCCACCUGCAACCUGUGGUUAUUCCCCCCCUCUUUUAUCACUCUGCUCCCCACAGGGUCAAAGCAGCAGGACGGAGGAAUCAUUACACAUUUCAGCAACUCUUUACACCUCAGUGUGUUUAGUGUUGGGAGCUUUUCCUGCCACAAAUUAGAGCGAUAACGGCUCACAGUGGUCUUUAAUGUUUUGCCGUCGCUGUUUUAAAGAGGGCGAGAUGGAGCAGAGACGUUUCUACUGGAGUUCACACACAGACGCGAGCGGACAGGACUCUAGAGCAGUGUUGCCCAGUAGGAGGAGCUAUUUUGGGCCGCUCAGGUUCCAUAAGUGGGUCUGCAAGUAGUCAGUGGGAGGUGACUCACAGCUCUCUAUAAUGGGCAUGAAAGUCAAUAUGCUCUUGUUAAUAAAUGCAAAGUUACAAAAUGUACAAACAUGUGCAUAAAACCACCACUUCUAGGUUGUAGUUCAGCCAGAAACACACGAUCGUAGCUUUAAAUUCUGUGACAGGCGACAAUCUGCAGUUUAAAACUGUUUAUUUUGGAAAUCUGGCUACAUUUUGGAGGAAUUCAGCAACGAUUUGUUCACAAAUUUAACAGUGAAACAUUUUGAAAAACAGGCUCGUCUGAGGAUAGUUUAUAAUUCAGUGUCUCCUGUCGGCCGUGUCUGAAGGACAGAAAGAGAGCCAACAAUUCAAACUGGAGAUCAUGUAAAAAAAAUGGAAUAAAGAAUAAGAAAAACACAAAUCUACCAUCUCUCCCACUUUAGAACUCUAUUAUUCUAAAACUUUUGAAUUGCUUCAGACAGAGUGAAGUUAGGACCAGAACUAGCAGAGUAUCUCUCCACAGCAGCUUGACAGCAGACACUUUCCCGGCUGUAAUGACCAGUGUUGCUGGCAGAUUUUAUCGGCUGUCACCAGCUCGCUAAUUAAAAUGAACUUCACAUGUUGGUUGAAUCCGCCGUCUGACGGAAUUAGUUUUAAAAUGAGGAGACUGCAGCCGCCAGUCUGCACUUGAUGGACGUGAUUCUGUGCAAACACAGAGAACUACAGCAAAAACUGGGACGUGCUGUUAGAUCAGACAAGGUUUCUCUUGAAAUACCCCAGUUGGCUGCUUAUGAUACAUAGAUUAUAGAUUUGCACUUUGUUUUACUUUUGAAAGAAGAGAAUAUCAAGUAUGCUAGACAAUUGUAAAUUGACUGCAUUUAUAAAAGUAUAAAUUUAUGUAACAUUUAUAUAGAGCUUUUCUAGUCUUAGCUACCUCAAUAUAUUUUACAUUAAAUUUAGCCAUUCACACAUGCACUUGAACAGCACCUCUAUACAUAGACAUACAACACAAGAAAAACAAAAGA